AUGAGCAUCGAGCUAAAGCUGCAGAGCUUGGCUGGUUACAGAGAUCACCUGGCAUCUCAAUUCAAAGACAGAAUGGCAAAUUGGACUCUGCAAGAAUUGAGCCGGGAUCACCUGGCAGACAUUCUAUGCAUACAACUGGACGGGAUGGAUCAGGGCAAGUAUGCCCUCCCCCGGGACCCCGAGCUACGGACUUCAGCAGCAAUGAGCAGCGUAUACCGUCCCAGGAUAAAGCUUCACGGUGUUUGGUGCUUCGGCUACACACUCCAGUUGUUCUUGCUGGACGAGCCGACAAAGCACGACUCAAACUGCAUCCAGGAAUGUCUGGCCCGGACACUGGAACGAGUGUCGCAGCUAUGCGAGGAGAAGGGAGAGCAGAUGCCACGGAAUCUGAGCGUGUGGGGCGACAACACGGUACGGGAGCUGAAGAACCAGCACCUCUUAAAAUAUUUCAGCUUUCUCGUCGCCAAGACAAAGUUCAGAUCCACGGCGAUGUGUAACCUUCGCAAAUCCCACUCGCAUGACCGCAUCGACCAGCUUUGGGGAAUAUUUGCGAGGCGUGUCCAACUCUGUCAGCACUUACAAACGCCGGAGGACAUCCUGGAAUGUUUGCUGGACGAGGUGAGGAAACCAUCGCUCCAGGAGUGGAUCGGCAGCGAAGUCCAGAUUUGCAGACUCAACGCUGUGAGAUCUUGGUCUGAGCACUGGGCGCCAGCGGGGAUGCAGUAUGCAGGCGGAUUGAAGGAGGACGCCCAUGCCAACCAUUGCUUCUUGCUAUCCCAGCGCAGAGGCCAAGGAUAG